AAUAUUUCGAAACGUAACAGCGUUCAGUGCUAAUUAUUUAUUUUCCCUCAUGGAAUAUAAAUCAUUCUAUAAAAACGCUUCCCGCGGCAAUCGUUUAAAAGAAAAAAGCAAUAGCCAACGAUUGAAAUGGAAACGCGAAAGUUCCCGACAAGAUCUUCACUUUAAUAAUCGAAAUCUAAAUGUGCAUGAAUUCGAGAAUGAUGAGGACGACGAUGAAGUAUUCUACAAAAAUCCACCGGAUCAUAUACCGGAGAUGCAUCGCGAGAAGCGACGUCGGUCGCGUCAGAAAGAUGACGAAAACAAAGAAAAUGAAGUGCAGUGUAAAUACCAGGACCGACUUGCUAGACUAUUACGGUUUAAAGAGGAGCGUGCUCGAGCAAAGCAAAAUUCGGUUAAAAAGAAGCCAUUUGUUUCUGUGGUCCCCAAAAACAAUUUAGUAGACCGGGAAUAUGAAAAAAACUUGUUUAAAAAAACGGAAACAGACGCACAAAAAGUUACUGACCGCAGGAUACCUUUGACGCCCGCGGCAAAACAUGCAAUACCUAGAGUGGACACUCGCCGGAAAGAGCCGCUUUUAACCGUAGAAAAGAAGCAAGCAGUGCAUAUCCUAAACGUAAAGACUCCUGCUUCGAUCAAGAAAGUCAAACCUAAAGUUGAUACUUGGCGCAAGGGUGCGCCUUCGACGAGAGGAAACGAAAACGGCAUGAAAAAAGAGCAGAAACAGACAGACGCACUACCGAGAGGCAAAGUAACAACAACUGCAUCGAGUGCUGCAACGACGAGCAGCAACAAGAACAAACCGAAAAACACAGCUGCUCUAAAUAAGAAGAGGGUUCUAGAGAAAGCGGUGGCUGGUAGCCGUAGACUAAUAACAUAUCAACAAGUGCGGUCCGGGCAGAAAUCCGUUAAAUUCAAUUUCAUAUUUAAUAAGGAUGGUCCCAUGGUUACAUCGACUAACCGUAAGAAGAAGAGCCUCGAAAAGCUGCUUCAAGCGAAUGCCUUAUUGCAGCAGCCCGCUGCAGCGUACAGAUUUUCCCCUAAACCAGCUAGUAAUGAUGACGACAUCUUUGAAGGUAUUAGUCCGAUCGACGUUGACACUCCGACGCCAAAGAAGAUGGUCGCAGAUUCGGAUGCUAUUGCCAUGCGGAAACGCGAAACUCGUCGCCGCUCAAUGAUGUUUGCCGUUGAAGAUAUAAAACCGACGCUGGUCAAGUCUGAGGCAGACGACGAGGAGUGGGAACCUCAAGUAAUUACCAUUUCGGAUGACGAAUCGCCACAUUUAGUUAAAAUUACGAAAAUGUCGCCCAAGCAAAUCAACGAAUCUUUUACUAAGCGCGAGGAAAAGGUAGAAAUCAUGCGUGACAGACGACCAACAAUCGACGAUUGUGCAUUCGUUAAUGCGACGCCAAAAUUGAUCGGUAGUGGAGGAAAAACCUUAAGUGGUAGACGAUCUUUAAUAUUUAUCGAAGAUGAGCACAAUCCAGCUGUCUCUGAAGCUGCAAAUGCUACACAGAUUAUUAGUAGUAGAAAUUCUAUAGGAUUUGUCGAAAACAGCAACAGUCCGACUAAUGAAAAUCCCAUCGUUAAAAAUGCUGCUCCAUAUAAAGUUGAACUCGCGAGUCCUCAGCGACGUUCUGGUACUCCUCGGAUGAGCUUUAUCGAGGAGGAUUUAUACAUGACGAAACCACUUCCUGAGGGAAAUCUUGCUACUGUGCUGUUGAACAAACAGGAAAAUAGACGUCGAAGCAGUGGCGGAAGCAGUCGAUCUUCACUAGUGAAUUUCCGAGAGGAAGACCAAUCUCCAAAAGAUGUGCGCGAAAAGGUGACUUUCUACUAUGACUUAGUUGAAAAGGAAUUGAAGCGUCUUCGGGAAUUGUGUGAUCUCUACAAGGACGAUCUUGAGAGUGAAGCCAUUAACGAGAAUGGUAAAGGACUGAUAAUUGCUGCUCAAGGACAAACCAAUAUCCUUAUUAACAAAAAGCUAUCCAAGUUCAAGGAGCUAGUGGGUCACUACGAAAAAAGCUGGACGGAUCAAAAAGUGCGAACCGAUGACUUGGACGGAUUUUGGUUGAUGGUUUCACUAGAUUUGGAAAACCUCGAUCGUCGUUUCGAUGAAUUGCGACAGCUGAAGGACAACAACUGGCAAGAAAUUGCAGAACCACAAAAAGUCAAAAAGUUGAAGGGCGGCGGUGGAAUAAAAAAACGCGAAAAGAAACCAAUGAAAACCAAGGCUAGCGGAUUAGCCGACUUGAUUAAAAAAGCUCGUGAAGAGGCUAAGAAGAAAAUGAUGCUGGAAUCGGUGCUGAAGGAGUCUGUAACGGUAGUAACGCCAAUAAAACGCUCAGUUCGCAUUGCAACCACUCCAAGAAGAAGCAGUUUGGUGAGAAAUAGCCUCUGUGCUGGUUGUACGCCGACACCGGGCAAAAGUGAUAACAAAAAGUCAAGGAAGACUAUCUUCAACGAUCACACUUUACGGCGAAAGGAAAUUGUCAAAUCAAUUCUGAAAACACCGAGUGAAAAACGGCGUGCUAAAAGUGUUCUGUUUUUGGACUCGGGCUUGGACACACCAGAAGCACGUGGUUCAGGUGGACGCCGUAAGAUUAUUCACACUCCAAAACCGAAAAUCACCUUCAACGAAGAGCUAGAGGUGGAAGAUGUAGACACCAUUUCGUUGACUACGCCUUACAAGCUAGAUGAGGAAAUCCGAAAGCGCAAACGAAGUUCGGUUUAUGUUCAAGAGAACACCAACGAGGUACAACCGCAACAUAAUUGUACAAAUCUCAGAAGUAGACGAAAAACACUGCGGUUCAACGAUGAUGUGGAACAAGAGGUCCAACCAGUUGAAGAGAGCGCAAACAUGAGGCGAACCACACGCAGCCUUCGGAGGUAUUGAAAAAGGUGCAGUUUUCUAUAUUUUAGAUUUAUUACGUUUUAGUUGUGCCACUGAGUUUUGUUUUUGAAGCGUAAUCUGUCCGAAUAAGUCGUUUUCCGAUUAUUAUGGCAUCAUACCGUUCAGAAUACUUUUUAACGUUAAUAAAUGGUUUAUUUUAAAUAUUCUUACAUCAACCAAUUUUAUGGUAUAC